AUGGGAGCAAGAGAAAUGGAGCCAGAAAUGGGAGGUCGCAGACAUAGAUUUAGAGGAGGGGAUCGUUUCUACGGCAGGCUUGGGUUUGGACGAGAAGACCGUUUUGACUCCAGAGACGGAUUUGGAGGAGAAGAUCGUUUAAAUGGCAGAUAUGGAUAUGGAGGAAAGCACCGUUUCAACAAAAGAAUGUUUGUAAUGAUACCAAAUAUGGGACCAAGAGGAAUGGAAGCAGAAUUGGGAGGUCGCAGACAUGGAUUUGGAGGAGGAGAUCGUUUCAACGGCAGACACGAGUUUGGGCGAGGGGAUCGUUUUGACGGCAGACGUGAAUUUGGAAGAUGGGAUCGUUUCAACGGUAGACAUGGAUUAGGGGGAGAGGACGAGGACCGUUUCAACAGGUUCGAAAUGAUGCGCAGUCCAAUGCGAGGUUAA